AAUUUAAAGAAGAUGGGUGUGCUUAUUACGAUAUUUGCUGUUAAAGUAUUCAUUUUCUGGCAUUAUUUCACUGGGAAAUCAACAACAUUCCAUUAUACAAAUCAUGGGAACAGCUCUUGCAUUAACCUAUAUGCCGUAAACAGAUCACUUCCCAUCAAAAUGCAAUCAGAUGCUGCCAUGUGGACUGCAGAACCUGUAGGACGCCUUGGAAACAAAAUGGGGGAGUAUGCAUCACUUUAUGCUCUGGCAAAGCUUAAUGGACACCAAGCAUACGUCUUACCAAAAAUGCAUAGUGAGCUAGGAAGGAUAUUUAAGAUAAAAUUGCCUGUUCUUCACCAGGAAAUUGCUGACCGGAUUAAAUGGAGGAUAUAUAAUCUGAAAGAUUGGAUGUUACCAGAAUAUUCCAAAAUUUCUGGACAAUACGUUAAAUUCUAUAGUACUCCGUGCUCAUGGACAUUCUAUCAUCACAUAAGGGAUGAGAUUCUACAAGAAUUCACUUUUCAAGACUAUAUUAAGGAAGAAGCAAAUUCAUACCUUGCAAACCUGAAAGGUAAUAGAACAAAUGUGACCUUUAUCGGAGUUCAUGUUCGCAGGGGGGACUAUAUAUGGAUCAUGCCUCAUCAAUGGAAAGGUGUGGUAGCUGACAAAAACUAUAUGCAAAAAGCUAUGGACUAUUUCAGAAAGAAGUAUGAUAACCCCCUCUUUGUGGUGACCAGUAAUGGGAUGGAUUGGUGUAAACAGAACAUUAAUACCUCUCUAGGAGAUGUACAUUUUGCUGGAGAUGGUGAGGAAGGUUCUCCUGCCCGUGAUUUUGCCCUCCUGGUGCAUUGUAACCACACCAUAAUGACCAUAGGGACAUUUGGCUAUUGGGCUUCAUACUUGGUUGGUGGUGAAACCAUCUAUCUUACAAACUACACUUUGCCAAACUCUACUUUCCUUCAAAGUUUCAAAUAUGAAGCCGCAUUCCUUCCAGAAUGGAUUGGAAUUCCCGCUGACCUGUCUCCACUGUUGAAAAAAGGAGAUCCUUAAUUUGCAGAUGUCAAA